CUUACUCGAAUCCAGAGGCUCCCGAGUCCGCAGUUUUGGACAAACACUCCGAGAGGCACGACAGGGCCAAGCGCGCGCGCUUCUCGUGUCGAGAAUUCUGUCUGUCUGUCUGUCUGUCCGCCAGCGUGUGCGUGAGCGUGAGCGUGUGGGUGCCUGUGUGUGCGUGAGCCAAUGGCAGCGUCGGUGUUAGCCAAUUUCAGUUCUGUGGCAAAAAAUACCGUGCCGUAAUCGCGCUAAAUAUAUGUACGUGCAAAAGUUUGCCCCCCAAAACCAAAUCCAAGUGCAAACGCAAACAAACAUCAAGUGAAAGUGCAAGAAACAAAUAAAUAGCGUCCUGAAAACCAGCAGGAGCGAGGAAAAGUCUAAAGAAAAACCCAUAAGCAACCUUGUGCUAGCAACAAAAUCAACAAAGUGCGCCAUCGGAUCGGGAAAUCGCGACCGGGUUGUGCGGGUUGUUCGGGUUGUGGGCUGCGGGCUCUUCAGCUGCCAGUUCAGCUGUCAAAAUGUUUUAGCUGCUGUUGAUAAGUGCAAAACCAGCGGAAGGAGUAAACAAUUAGCCAGGACAAAUGAAAACGCCAGAGCGCGCUUUUCUCUGACUGUCACUCGCUGUCUCUUCCCUUCUCUGUCUCUCUGUCGCUGUCGCUGCCGCUGUCGCUGUCGCUCCCCUUCGCGGACUUUCGCACGGAACAGCUGUUCUCCAUCUCUAUCCUGCAAUUUCCCGCUCUCUCUCUCUCGUACUCUCACUCUCUCUCUCUCUCUCUGUGGUGGAAGCAUUCUCCAGCUUUUCUGCCGCGCCGAAGCGUGUGUACAUAACCUAAAAACCUACCGCGCUCUGCAUGUUGCGGUAGGCGGACGAAACGGAGGCGUCGCAGUUGCACACACAAGUGCAACAUCGCCAGCAGAGCGACGGGGACGCAGCAGAGCGACGGAGCGGCGACGGAGCAGCGUUGAUGCCGUUGCAGCUGCUGCUGCGCAGCCAGCGACGACAGCAGCAACAGCAGUGAUACGAGCAGCAGCAGCAGCAGCAGCAGCAGCAGCAGCAGCAGCAGCAACAAUCAGCAACAUCAGCGCCCUGUGUGCACCGACAAUAAUAUGAGGAGUGGCAGUUCGGAAUUACUACUCGAGCAGCAACAACAAGAGCUACGGUUACGUAAAAUCCGAGAACUGGCUCCGAAAAAGAAAAAUGGCAAUCGGCGCUUUCGUUCGUGGCGGGAACGUGCGCGUUUCUAUGGCACCUCGACACUGGCCUUCUUCUCGGUGACCGCCGGGGCAUCGCUGCUCUUCCUUGUGCCGCUCUAUGUGGAUCCGGCGAUAUCGACGCUCAGUCACGAUUUUAUCGAGAAGCCAACGCUGUGCACAACAACGCGGCGCGAGGAUCUAGUGGGCAUAUUCAAUUGCUCGUGGAGUUCGUGUCGCGAGGGCUGCACCUCCGAUUUGUAUCGCUGCGUGCAUAUCUAUGUGACGUUCAUUGAGCAGAACAUUACGAUACCGGAGAAUAUGACCGAUUAUAGCAACUUUACGUCCGAUAUGGAGCAAUCCGGUGAGGCGACGCUGCUCGUCAAUAUCAAGGGAUGCGGCUAUCCGCCAUCGGUGACGUGCAAGAAUUUCAACGGUUACUACGGCAUCGAGGGUGCCAUCUUUCCGUGCUUUUACUCGCGAAAGAACAGGACCGUGGUGCUGACAUCGUAUAACCACGACGACCAGGUGGCCAUGAUCAUUCAUUUCUUCGCGGUGCCCUUUGUGAUAACGGUCAUCUCGUCCAUUGCCCUCUGCAUCAUGCACUGCGACUGCCGCUGCAAGAAGGAUCGCAGCCACCGACGCAAUCGGCCGCAGUGCCGAAGGCCGCGCAUCGAGAAUCUCAGUGAUACUUCGAUAUCAACGCGAGUGGAUAUGCUCACGCCAGCUAUUGAAGUCUACAAGCCGCCCCUCUGACACAAGGACGACACUGUGGAGAGCAAUUUAGGGAAUCCCUCGACGAGUAGCGACUUCUAGCAGAACCUGAUACAAAGCCCUGCGGAACUAGCCAAGGAUAAUCUAUUUGUUCUUCCAACAUAGUGUCGGCGAACACAGGAAGCGAACUUCGAAUGGAGAUGAUAGAUGGUAGAUGUGUGGAUGGGUGGAUGGGUGAUGGCCAAAAAACUGGAGACACGACGACCGAACUAUCAGUGGUUUUAGUGCGACUAGGCGAGCAGAAAUGAAUCAGAUUAAUGAGACACAAACGGACACAGACACAGACACAAAUAAAUUAAUGAUUGAUCCAACUGAAUAAUUCCUAAGAUUGAUUAAAUUUAGUUACUUUUUAGCGUUAAUGAUUUUUAAACCAGCCGACGCAGGAGGAGCAAACCAACAGAAGUGUUAAUCGGUUAAUGAAAUAGAACGAAGUCUAGUUUUAAGCUGUGGCAGUGGCAAAUGUAUUUGUAUCUCUAGCCGCGUAUGCAACAUAGUAUAUGUAUAUGUGUCUGUGCGAAUAAACCAUAUAGUACGAGUACGAGUAUAUGCGAAAUUUGGCAAUGUGUAAAUUUAGUUAAAAGUGAAGUAUCAUCACGGAUGUAAAACAAUGGCUAAAUGGAGACAACAAACACCUAAACAGAAAAUGCAAUGAAUAAUUUUUGUACUGCUGAAAGGGAAACCAAGUGGAAAACAGAACAUUAACGUUAAGUGUACAAUUUUGCAUUAGGUAAUGAAUAAGUUUGUAAUGCGUUAGUAAUUAAAUACAAUAAAAUGUUCAGCUAAUCACAUGGAAAGCAAAAGCAAACCAAAACUACAAAUGCAAGCAACAAAAACGAAGUAACGAAUAUGCAAUUGGAAAUAUGUAUUCAAAUGGAAAUUCGGCCAGCGGCAAAAAACAUUUUACGCUUCGUUUAAUCGCUUCACACAAAUGUAGACACGCCACGCCUCAUUUUAUAUAGAAUCCGCCCACAUUACACACACACACCCACACACACACACCCCGCCCCCGACCAUCAAUCGCUUUUGGUUUGCGCAGUAGAAAUCGGGUUACAAAGUUCGUCUUAGACGAGUAUGCCCUCGUAUACCCUUCACGAAGUGCCCCAAGUUGAGAGAAUUUGUUCAAAUUUCAAUCAAGAAAUUUCUCUUAUUUGCAUUACUCAAUGUUGUCCUAUCGUAUUUUUGGUCAAGAAAAUAACCGUGUCUUUGUUGUGUAGUAAUGGUUAAAAUGUUUAAAAGGAUAAUUCAAUAAUGAACGUUUUUGACUGUGAUCAUUUGAAUGAGAUGUAGAGAAAUAUGAUAUUAUUGAGUAUUGUUGUUGACAACAAAAAAUUACGAAAAGCAAUUAACUUCUCGGUCAUGAUUCAAUCAUCCACCAUCAAUCAUCAAUCCACCAGCACGCCAAAGCACAUUUCCCCAUCAAUUAGUGUAGUGUAGUUAGAUCACCCACCCACUUGGCAUUAUGGCAUUAUGAUUCUCUUUAAUUUCGAGGCUAAUCACACACACACACACACACGCACACACACAUACACCCCAUCGUGCUUGACAAUAUUUAAUUUCUAAAGGGAGUUUUUCAAUCAUUCCAUCCUAAGGACAUUGACAUGCUGCGCCCAAUUUGUAACUAAACCCGCUUAUUCUGUUCCACAUUGAGAUACAGAGGCUUUGACAAAAGGACGAAACGAGAGUGAAGGAGACAUUAGGGGAUAUUGAAUGUUAACAUUUAUUUGUAUAAGCUGCAGAAACAUUGUUGGAUUUAGAGGAACCUGCAUAGUUUUUUGAUAUUCAUGUAGAAACAUGUAAAUGCCACUCACUAAACUUAAGAGUAUGAGAAGUAAAGCUACCGAUGGCAUCAAGGAUAAUUGCAUUAUAUUUGUAAUAUCAAAACUGUUCAUAGUUAAGACGAGCCUAGCCACAGGAAACCAAUUAAAAACAGAGAACACACAAAUAACAACAAAUGUAUAUAAGCUGACUAGGAAAUUGGUAAUGGAAACUUUUGAAAACAAAACAAAAACCAAAACAAAAAACCAAAUACAAAAAAAAAAUACAAACGAACUCAAAGAAGCUACAACAAUGGGCAUAUAAUUUUGAUAGUUAAGCUAAUUUUAAUACAUUUUUUAAGAUACAGCAAGAGGGCAAAGGUACUACGAUACGAUAAGGAAACCAACAAAUAGGAAAAUUCAAACCAAAUGAGGAGAAGCCGUGAAAAUUAUUCCAUUUUUACACACCCUCAAAAAUGGGGGCUCGUUAAUUGGUUUUGUUGUUAACAGUAAAUAAUGCAAUAAACAUUCGCGUAUUUCUUACUAUUAUUGUUAUUAUCAUUGUUGUUAUAAUGGAAAUUUGAAUUCGCGAUGUGCACAAUGAUUUUUUAUACACCGCAAAUUGGCUUAGUCAGUGCAAGGAAAUUCGUUUUUUUAUAAAUUCCAUCAACUUAAGAGCAUGUCUGGCAUUUUAAAGCCAAAAAGACACCACACACGCAUUGAACAAUUGACAUUAAUUUAUACACAUAUAACGACGAGAGAAAUAAUGGAAAAUAAUAGAACUAGAACGCAUAUUGAAUAAUAAAUGAGACAUACAUAUUAUUGAAAGAAAUUAAAAACGAACAUUAC